ACUCAUCUCCCUCUUCUGUCUUUCACUCUCUAUCCAAAUAAUUAAGAAGGAAAAAAAAAAGACGAAUCUCUGGAAAACCGGCCGAGAAUCGUCGUUUUCGUUUUUGUCUUAGCAUUUUGCCGGGCUCUCUGUCAUUUAACCUCUAGUUGUUUUUUCCGGACCCAGGAUCAAAUUCUCCGGAAAUCGAUUGUUGGAUCCCCUGGUUUUUGGAGUGAAAACUUUUCGAUUUUUCCUGGGCAUCGAUCGAAUACUACGUAGAAAAUGAAUUCCGAUUCGUGGAGAGAUCGUCUCGCUUCAACAUCGAGGAGAUACCAAUGGGCUUUUCCGUCGCGAUCUGGUUUCAAAGGAAGAAACGACUUUUUCUGGUUAGAUGUUUGACCUUUGUCGGAACCCGGACACAGACCUCUCACACUUUCUCCAGAUUGACCUACACACUCUUGGGGUUUGAAGAGAUAGAUGGAGAAGAUGAUUUCAGGGAGGAAUUCGCUUGCCCGUUCUGCUCAGAUUAUUUUGAUAUAGUUUCUCUAUGUUGCCACAUAGAUGAAAAACAUCCUACAGAGGCAAGAAACGCGGUAUGUCCUGUUUGUGCAGUUAGAGUGGGUGUCGACAUGGUUGCACAUAUAACCCUUCAGCAUGCAAAUAUGUUUAAGAUGCAGCGGAAGAGAAAGUCAAGAAGAGGUGGGUCUAAUUCCACGCUCUCGAUCUUGAAGAGAGAGUUUCCUGAAGGAAACUUGCAGAGCCUAUUCGGGGGCUCAUCGUGUAUACUCUCUUCUUCUGCCAACUCAGUGGCAGACCCACUGCUUUCUUCCUUCAUUUCGCCAAUGGCUGAUGAGUUUUUUACUUCCGAGUCUCGCUUAACUUCAGAAACUGAUCCUGUCAAGAAACCAUCAGACGAGAAUUCACGUGAGAGAAACGUCGAAAAGCCGUCUCUUUCGGCUGAGGAUCACAAGGAGAAGUUGAAACGGAGCAAGUUCGUGCAAGGGCUUUUGAGCUCCGCAAUUCUUGACGACGGCUUAUGAAGGACGGAAUAUAUUUUCGGGUAAAAGUUCUCUCAGAUCAUUUUUUAACUCCAAUGUUCUUGCGAAACAAAGUCUGCCGGGAAAUGUACGGCCUUUUGUUGUUCAUAGCCAUGUUGACCAGUGGGAGUUGCAGAACAAAGCGAAAAGCUUUGUAGGGGAAUCAUGAGUGUUUUAUCUUCAAGACUCAGUUAUCUCUGUAGUCACGAACAACAGAUGUAUCUAUUUGAUCCUAUCGUUUAUACUUUCCGGUUUAUUCCGGUUAUCUUUGGUUUA